AUAAUUCGUAUGCUGACUAGACAUUAUAUCUUUCUAUUCUAAAAUACAAAAUCGAUAAGGGAUUUUUUUAUUAUUUUUUUAAUGUAAUAUUUUUUUUAAUGUGUUUGAAAGAGGGCAAGUAGUUCCAAUGGAUUUUUUUUUGUUCAGUAUGACAAAAUAUUUACACGUUUGUCCCAUAUGUUUUUAUAGUGGAUCGAAAAGGGUAAAAAUCGUUGGAAAGGAAAAACGCGAACCGGUGAGAAAAGUUAAACGAUUACGGGAUAAUUAAAGAGAAAAAAGUUGGUCUUUCGAUCAAAAGAGCUGUGAAUCGAUUUGCUGCCUCGUCCAAUCCGUUGGCCGCUUCCGUUCAACCGUCGACGCGAUUGGUCAAAAGUUCUAGAACGUUCUAGAAGCGCAUCGACCCUACCCAGCUCGAGCCCUAAUCGCCGGAUAUCGUCCUCAUUUUCACGUCAGACGCCCGAGCGAUCGUUGCGGCAAACCAAGACCACAUUCUACCAAUAGGAAAACACUUUUAAUUUAUUUAAACAAGAUAAAAUGGCCAAAGUUCCAGCAGUCGGAAUCGAUCUCGGCACGACCUACUCCUGCGUCGGUGUAUUCCAGCAUGGAAAGGCCGAGAUCAUCGCCAACGACCAGGGUAACAGGACGACACCCAGCUAUGUCGCCUUUACAGACACGGAACGUCUGAUCGGCGACGCCGCCAAGAACCAGGUCGCGAUGAACCCAAACAACACAAUUUUCGAUGCCAAAAGGUUGAUUGGGAGAAGAUUUGAAGAUGUCACCGUCCAGUCUGACAUGAAACAUUGGCCAUUUGAAGUCGUGAGUGACGGCGGAAAACCGAAGAUCCAAGUCCAGUACAAAGGAGAGAAUAAGACUUUCUUCCCCGAGGAAAUUAGUUCCAUGGUCCUCACCAAAAUGAAGGAAACUGCUGAAGCCUACCUUGGAAAAACGGUCACCAACGCCGUAGUUACAGUCCCUGCCUACUUCAACGAUUCUCAGAGGCAAGCUACCAAAGAUGCUGGAACCAUUUCUGGCCUUAACGUCCUUCGUAUUAUUAAUGAACCGACUGCUGCAGCCAUCGCUUAUGGGCUCGACAAGAAGGUAACGGGAGCCGGAGAGAGGAACGUCCUUAUUUUCGAUCUCGGAGGUGGUACUUUCGACGUGUCCAUUUUGACGAUUGAAGAUGGUAUUUUCGAAGUCAAGUCCACAGCUGGAGACACUCAUUUGGGAGGUGAAGAUUUCGACAACAGGAUGGUUAAUCACUUUGCUCAGGAAUUCAAGCGUAAAUACAAAAAAGAUCUUACUCAGAACAAGAGGGCUCUCAGGAGAUUGAGAACUGCCUGUGAAAGGGCAAAGAGAACUCUUUCUUCCUCGACCCAGGCCAGUAUCGAAAUCGAUUCCCUCUAUGAAGGUAUGGACUUCUACACAUCGAUCACAAGAGCCAGGUUUGAAGAGCUGAACGCCGAUCUGUUCAGAAGCACGAUGGAACCUGUAGAAAAAUCACUCAGGGAUGCUAAAAUGGACAAAGCCCAAAUCCACGACAUUGUGCUCGUCGGAGGUUCCACCCGUAUUCCAAAAGUACAGAAACUCCUGCAAGAUUUCUUCAAUGGCAAGGAACUAAACAAAUCCAUCAACCCUGAUGAAGCAGUAGCGUAUGGUGCUGCUGUCCAGGCUGCCAUCUUGCAGGGUGAUAAAUCUGAAGAAGUACAAGAUCUCCUCUUGCUCGAUGUCACACCUCUGUCUCUCGGUAUCGAAACAGCUGGAGGAGUGAUGACUGCUCUGAUCAAGAGGAACACCACCAUUCCUACCAAACAAACUCAGACAUUCACCACAUACUCUGACAACCAGCCUGGAGUAUUGAUUCAAGUUUACGAAGGGGAGCGUGCUAUGACAAAAGACAACAAUUUACUCGGAAAGUUUGAACUCACUGGCAUUCCACCGGCACCUCGUGGCGUCCCACAAAUCGAAGUGACAUUUGACAUCGAUGCCAACGGUAUCCUUAACGUCACCGCCAUUGAAAAAUCUACUGGCAAAGAGAACAAGAUUACCAUCACCAACGACAAAGGACGAUUGAGUAAGGAGGAAAUCGAAAGGAUGGUCAACGACGCUGAAAGAUAUAAGGCAGAAGAUGAAAAACAGAAGGCCGUCAUUUCUGCCAAGAACGCCCUCGAAUCUUACUGCUUCUACAUGAAGAGCACUGUGGAAGAUGAGAAACUCAAGGAUAAAAUCUCCGAAGCCGACAAGACCACUAUUUUGGAAAAAUGCAACGAGGUCAUUCAAUGGCUCGACGCCAACCAACUCGCUGAAAAAGAAGAGUUUGAACACAAGCAGAAGGAAUUGGAACAGCUCUGCACUCCGAUUGUCAACAAAUUGUACCAGAGCGGUGGAGCUCCACCACCAGGUGCUGCUGGCGGAUUCCCAGGAGGUUUCUUCCCAGGUGGUCCUGGUGGGGCUCCUGGUGCCGGCGGUGCUGCUGGCUCAGGCCCAACCAUCGAAGAAGUCGAUUAA